AUGAAGUUCAAUGAUCCAUUUACUACUUUCUCCAAUUGCUGGAUAGAGGACUUGGAGCUCCCACGUCGACCUCAACCCGAGAGUCACGGCUAUCUGUUUGAUAUCAUGGUUGCAAACAAUCCAAUUUUGUACCGAAGAGGAGGUGAAAUAGAGCUAGAACGGCUGAAUCAGAGCAUAAAAACACUUCCACUUUCCGAGCUUCGUCCAGAUAUUCUAGAUGCUCUCCUUCUAAGUGGUGACAUACCUGAGUGUCGUAUGUUGUUCCCAAUAAUUUCGCAUAUCAGCUUCCUACGGGGAAGAUUGAAACUCUUAGAAAAGAAGUACGGAACCGGUCAUCUAUAUUUUGUCACUAAAAGUUUGGCACACUCGGAGAAGGCAUUGGAUGACCUCUUGGAGCAUCUCCUAGCAGGAAAUGAUGACGUAGAAAAAACAGUGCUGCCGAUAUUCUACGGCGUUGAUCCCUCCGACGUACGAAAUCAAACCGGAUGUUUUGCAGAAGCCUUUGCCAACUAUGAGAAAAAGUACAAGGAUGAACCACAAAAAGUAGAAAGGUGGAGAGCUGCUUUAACGAAACUGGGAAAUCUCGCCGGCUGGGAUUCAAAGCACUACUGGCCCGAAGCAAAACUCAUUCGAGAAGUUGUUGAUGAGAUACAUAGGAAAUUGUAUUCCUCUUUUACAAAACCGGCCAUCAAAAAUCUGCCAUCAACACCGUCUUGGUCUUCUUGUUGUCAACGGAAUAAGCAUGAUGUCUUUCUUAGCUUUAGAGGGAAGGAUACCCGCUUGAAUUUUACGAACCGUCUAUAUGAUGCGUUAAUUCAGUGCAGAAUUUCCACCUUUAGAGAUGACAAAGAUCUUCCUAAAGGAAUGUCCAUUCGCAAACAACUCGACAAAUCAAUUGAGGAAUCAAGGGUUUGGGUUGUCAUCGUUUCACCAAAUUAUGCUUCUUCAAAAUGGUGCUUGGAUGAGCUCUUAAAGAUUCUUCAGUGCAGAAAAGCAUCUAAAGUGGCAAAGAAGAAUGGAACUUUGAUGAAAGCAUCUGGAAAUGAUGAAGAUCAACAAGCUCAUACUUCUGUGGAUGGAGACAAAACACAUAAGAAGAAGGCUAGUUUGCGGAACAAGGAAAACAUCUCUAUUCACGAUAACAGGAAAAUGGGUGAGAUAAGACUUGGCGUUAACUAUGGCGGAAAGUGGGUUGGUUCUGUCUACAUAGGUGGUAAGACAGAAGAAAUAGUUGUUUCAGAAGAUAUUACUUAUAACGAGCUUCUCGAUCAACUGUAUCAUAUUGUUGGAUUAAUUCCAAAUGAAAAUGAGAUCAAGAUCAGUACAAUUGAUGAAUCAAAAUCACCGGCUUAUCCUGUGGAGAUAAUCAAUGAUUUUGACCUCAAAACUUUCAUUGAUCAGAACGUUUCUUCAGAUAUGCUCUUGAAGCAUCCAUUGAGGAAUUCCUCUCGGAGCAGAAGGAUGGAAAUUAGAGUUUUGGUUAAUCAUGAUGGUGAAUGGGUGAAUUCUACAUACGUAGGUGGCAAGACGAAAGGAAUAAUAAUCUCAGAGGACAUUACAUAUCAAGAACUUGUUGAUAGAUUGUGUGCUGUUGUGGGAGUUGAUCCAAAUGAAUAUAAGUUGAUUAUGAAGACUGCAUAUAAAUCAAAUCUACCUACUCAACCUGUGGAGAUAAUCGAUGAAGAAAGCCUUGCAUUUUUCAUUCACGAUGAGAAUCUUUCAGUGGGUAUGAGCUCCAUAUUUACUUUGUGUACUACUCUUGAACGACGAGAAUUUCCCAAUGGAAGAAUGUGGUCAUCACAAAGUAGUAGUGGUACAACAAAUCUUAGAAGAUCUGGGACCUAUCAGAGUUGUGUUCAUUGUGUGGUACCUGAUCAGGUGCCUCAUCUUCAAACUCAAGUUGGAUCAUCGUCACCAAAUGUGCCUUGUAUGCAGCAGCAACAGUCUUCCUACCAGAAACAACAUUCUUACCAACAAACAACCUCACACACUUUCUACGAGCAUUAUCAACCAUCCUUUCAGCAGCCGCAGCCUCAGCACCGACGGUCGAAUCCUUCCUAUAUGCAGCCGAUGCUGCCAAUUCUUCAUAUGUCUUCCUCGCUCAAGAUGUUUAUGAAUGAUGCAACACGAGUCUCUAAAGAUUUCAACUUUUGGCAAUUUAUUUUCAUCAUCCUUUUAUUAGGAAAUUGUAUUUUAUUUCUUAAGGCUUUGUAG